UUAUGAGAUUUGAACAGGAUGAACUGAAAGAAUUCAGUAGGCUUUUAAAACAGGAUUACCCAGAAAUCAGUGCAGGCCAGCUGGUGGACUGUGACACCCUGGUUGUUCUUAAGAAGAUGGUGGAGAGCUGUGGUGAAGAGAGGGCUCUGGAGAUCACACAGCGCAUCCUGAGGGACAUGGACAUGAAGGACGUCAAAGAGACAGAGGACAAGUUGCAUUAUAUAAGAACAUGUCAAAUGAAAAUGAAAGUCAAGUUGAAAAAAAAAUAUGAACACAUACUUGAGGGGAUUGCUAGUCAAGGAAAUCGAACACUCUUGAGGAGCGUCUAUACAGAAGUUCACAUUUCAAAAUAUGGGAAUAAAGAGACCAAAAAUGACGGCAAUGAAAUGAAUGAAGUGGAGAUUUUAGCCAGAGCACAAACUGCAAAGCAGAUUACAAUCAAAUGCAAUGACAUUUUUAAACCUCUAAGUGGACAAAGUAAUCCCAUCAGAAUUGUAUUGACAAAGGGGAUUGCUGGGAUUGGAAAAACAGUCUCAGUUCAGAAAUUCAUCGUUGACUGGGCUGAUGGAGAAGCAAAUGAAGAUGUAAUUUUUGUGUUUCCUCUUCACUUUCGGGAUCUUAACCUUGAGAGAGAUAGAGAAUACAGUCUGAUGCAACUUCUUCAAAAGUACUUUCCAGAGUUAAAGGAGCUUAGUACUGAAUUUUAUAUGUUUAAAGUUUUAUUCAUCUUCGAUGGACUAGAUGAGUGUCAGUUUCCUCUUAAUUUCCAGACAAAUGACUUUUGCUCUGAUUUAACAAAGGAUGUAUUGCUGGAUGUAUUGCUGACCAACCUCAUUAAGGGGAAUCUGCUUCCGUCUGCUCUCAUCUGGAUAACCUCCCGACCAGCGGCAGCCAAGCAGAUCCCUCAUGAAUAUGUAGACCAAGUGACAGAGAUAAAUGGAUUCAGUGACGCCCAGAAGCAGGAAUAUUUCAAAAAGAGGUUCAGGGAUCACAAACAGGUUGAAAAGGUCAUGUCACACCUGAAAAAUUUAAAAAUCCUUGAUGUUUUGUGUCACAUACCAGUCUUUUGCUGGAUUUCAGCUACUGUCCUUGAGCGAAUGUCGAGUGAUGAAGGCUGCAGCGGAAUCCCCACAACUUUGGCGCAAAUGUACAUACACUUCCUGCUCAUUCAGAUAAACAUGAAGAAACAGAAGUUUCAAGGAAUCCAUGAGGCAACCCCAAUGGAGCUGUUAGAAGCUGAAAAACGGUUCAUUCUGAAACUGGGAGAACUGGCAUUCAAACAACUGAAAAAGGAGCAGUCAUUAUUUUACGAAGACAACCUGAAAGAGUGCGGUAUUGAUGUCACUGAGGCCUCAUUGCUCUCUGGGUUGUGUACAGAGAUCUUUCCUGGGGAAGAUGUGGAGUCUCCGGGGAGAGUGUUCAGCUUUGUGCACCUGAGCGUUCAGGAGUUUAUGGCUGCUCUAUAUGUGUUUGAGUGUUUUACAAACAGAAAUAAGAACUUACUUCACCAAUAUAAAUCCAGCAAGGCCAAACUAAUGAUUACUGACCUACACAAGAGUGCAGUAGAUCAGGCCUUGAAGAGUCGGAAUGGACACCUGGACCUCUUCCUCCGCUUCCUUCUUGCCAUGUCAAUAGACUCCAACCAGAUACUCCUACGAGGCCUCCUGCCAGUAACAGAGAACAGCUCACAGAGUCUUGAGGAAACAAUCACAUACAUACUGGAGAAGAUAAGAGGGGAUCUUAUUCCAGAAAAAGCUGUCAAUCUCUUCUUCUGUUUGAAGGAAAUGAACUACAGAUUUCUAGUGGAAGAACUCAAAAGAUAUCGGGACUCGCAUUCAGACGCAGAACUGUCUCCUGCAGAAUGGUCAGCCAUUGUGGUUUUGUUGCUGAUAUCAGAGAAUGUGCAGGAAGAGUUUGAUUUGAAGAAAUACAUCAGAUCAGAAUUUCCAUUACUAAUUCUUGUGCCAGUGGUGCAACUCUACAAAAUCGCUCUGCUGGACCAGUGUAACCUCACAGAGAAAAGCUGUAAAGCGAUGGCCUCCACUAUCACUUCAGAGUCAUCACUUCUGAGAAAGUUAGAUCUGAGCAACAAUGACCUCCAGGAUUCAGGAGUGAAGCUACUUUCUGAGGGACUGAGGAAUCCACACUGUAAACUGGAGAGCCUGAGGCUGAAACAGUGCAACCUGUCAGAGGAAUGCUGUGAGGCCUUGGCCUCAGUUCUCAACUCAGACUCCUCACAGCUGAGAGAGCUGGAUCUGAGUUACAACAACCUGAAGGAUUCAGGAGUGAAGCUGCUGUCUGAUGGACUCGGAAAUCCAGGCUGUAAACUGGAGAUACUGAGGCUGUCGGGCUGUCAAGUCACAGAGGCAGGUUGUGCUUCUCUGGCUUCAGCUUUGCGUUCGAACCCUUCACACCUGAAAGAACUGGAUCUGAGCUACAAUCACCCAGGAGAGUCAGGAGUGAAGAGGCUCUCUGGUUUGCUGCAGCUUUCUUGCAUCAAACUGGAGAAACUCCAAUUGAUCUGGUGUAAUCUUAAAGAGGAACCCUGCAAAGAUUUGGCCUCAGUUCUCAGUUCAGAAUCCUCACACCUGAGAGAGCUGGAUCUGAGUGACAAUGACCUGCAGGAUUCAGGAGUGAAGCUGCUCGCUGCUGGACUGAGGAAUCCACACUGUAAACUGGAGAUACUGAGGUUGUCAGGCUGUCAAGUCACAGAAGCAGGUUUUGAGUGUCUGGCUUCAGCUCUGCAUGCAAACCCCUCACAUCUGAGAGAGCUGGAUCUGACCUACAAUUACCCAGAAGACUCAGGAGUGAGACUGCUCUCUGCUGGCCUGGAGGACCCCAGGUGGAAACUGGAGAAACUACACAUGGAUUAUGGUGGAGAAUCCAGGAUCAGAUCAGGACCAAGAAAAUAUGCUUGCCAGGUCACACUGGACCCCGACACAGCGCACAGACAGCUAUCUCUGUCUGAGAAGAACAGGAUGGUCACAUAUACAUUACAGGAGCAGCCAUGUUCAGAGCACCCUGACAGAUUUAACUUCUGGUUCCAAGUUUUGUGCAAAGAGGGUCUGUCUGGUCGCUGCUACUGGGAGGCUGAGUGGGGGGGAGAAUUUGGAGCUGGGAUUGGAGUGGCGUAUAAAGGAAUCAGUAGGAAAGGAAUGGGUUAUGACUGUGUGUUUGGAGGAAAUCACCUUUCAUGGGCUUUACGUUGCCAUGCAGGGAAGGAUUUUCUUGCCAGCCACAAUAAGGCGAACACUUGCAUUUCCGUAACCCCCUCACCCAAAGUCGGAGUGUAUUUAGACUGGCCGGCUGGUACUUUAUCCUUUUACAAAGUCUCCUCUAAUGAAUUGACCCUCCUGUACAGAUUUUCCUCUACAUUCACUAAGCCCCUAUAUCCAGGGUUUUGGAUUUCCAAUACAGGAUCAUCAGUGUCCCUCUGCCAGAUGGACUAAAGUAAUCUAAGUCAGUCUUGAGCAUUCAUAUGAACAAGCUGAUGUGAAAUAAUUUAAAACAGGGUUUAAAUAUAGACAGAGCCAGACAGAGCCCAGCUUUUCCUCAUCAUGUCCAAAUCGCACCUUACCUGAGCACAGCUCUACCUCCUUCAACGUUAAUAUUAAACUUUAAUGUCCAAAUUUAGUAAAUGAUCCACAUUGAGUGCUUUAAUAAAAUGUCAGUUUUUCACUAAAAUCAUGUUUUUCAUCAGCUUUAAUAUUAAGUUUCAUUAAUAACUCUAACCUAAUAUUCAUUUCUCAAGCAAAUGAGAUACUCCAGCAUGAUGCCUUGAAUUCUGACCCAUGUUUUUAUAUUUUGACUUAUUUCACUUACCGUACUGCUGCCCAAACUUGACUUACUAGCUGGACUCUGAUAGAGGUACAACAUGUGUAAAAAGAAAUUUAUGAAUAACUUUUUAUGCAUUUUCAAGUUUCAUUUACAUGCUAUGUUUUAAAAAACAAUCAAUAAAUAUUUAACCAUGCAAUAUACAGUACCCAUAUGAGAUAAAAAUAACUUUUUAAUCACAGUUUUUAGUUUAUUUUGCAUUGCUUUAAAGUGGAAGAACAACAUUCCAACAAAUUAAAAUACUGCAUUGUUAAAAUUGUGAUCAUAAAUAUAUAUAUUUACUAAUAAACUAAUAUAGAGAGUGGCUCAUUUAGACCCCGCCCCCCUGCCCUGUACCUCACACUACUGUAUCUCUAUAAACUGCCAGUAACUCUGGGAGCUUAUAGCUUAUAAUUUAGCAGUUUGUUUGCCAGGCUGUGCUGAUUAUUACGCGUUUAAACUGUAUCACUGUAUUAGAACCCAAGUACAUGCCUAAGUAGGGUUAGUUUAGACCAGGGGUCACCAACAUGGUGCCUGCGGGCACCAGGAUGCUCCCAAGAACCACAUAAGUAGCCCACGGACCUGUUCUAAAAAUAGCACAACUCACCAGUGAGCAGCUUCUAAAGUUUAAUUUUAUCCUGUUGCCAUUCGUCUUUAAUCACAUUUGCAUUUAUAUAGAUUUGAAAAUGACAAUAUCUAAAAAAAAGCAUUUAAAACAUGUUUAAUAUACAUGAAGUUUAGAUAAGUUUAGGUAAACGAGUUUAAAGUUGAAUAUUGAUAUUAUGUUUCCCACCUUGUUAAGUCAUUGUUGAUGAAAUCAUAAAAAUGAUCAGUGUCUUCACAUAGAUGAGUAUCAUUAACCAUUAAUAAUAAUAUAUAACUAAAGGUAAACAGAGCAAAUUUGUUAUUUAAGAAAAGUGUAUCAGACUGGUAGCCCUUCGUAUGGCUUAGUACCUGUGAAGUAGCUCUCAGUUUAGACAAUGAGAAUCUAUUUGUAACUGAGUGAGCAAAUCACAGCCUGAACUUUGUAUGAAACUUGUAUUAUAUAUA